AUGGCCACACCACCCUCACCCACCGCCUCGCCCUCCGCCUCCCCGGUCUCCGCCACCGCCACCGCCACCAAGAAGCCCCACCCGAUCCCCUGGACCCACGAAGAAACCGUCCACCUAAUCCAGUCCUACCAGGACAAAUGGUACGAACUCCGCCGAGGUCAGCUCAAGGCCAGCCAAUGGGAGGAGGUCGCCGUCACCGUCGCCGCCCGAUGCGGCUACGAAUACACCGAGCCCUCCAAGACCGCCACCCAGUGCCGCCACAAGAUGGAGAAGCUCCGCCAGCGUCACCGCUCCGUCAAGAAGCGCCUCGGCCUCAGCUUCGGGUCGGGUUGGCCCUACUUCGAUCUCAUGGAGCGGCUCGAACAGGGCCCCAUGCCCAUCUCCGCCAGACGGCCAUUUUCUUCCGGAGCAAAAGAGGGCCACUUUCGGGACUCGACGGCGGCGAAAAGGCCGAGGGAGUCCGCCGCAGACGACGACGGCUACUACGGCGAUGUGGUGGAUGGGCAGAGAGGAACAGAGAUGGUGGUGGAGCUGGCGACGGAGAUAAGGGGGUUUGCGAAAAGGCUGAUUGGGGUGGAGAAUAUGAGGAUGGAGAUCAUGAGGGAAACGGAGAGGUGUAGAUUAGAGAUGGAGAAUAAACGGAUUGAUAUGAUUCUUCAAUCGCAGCGCAAAAUUGUUGAUUCCAUCGACAGGGCUUUUGGGCUUGAUUGA